AUGAAUGAUUUAGUAAGUGAAUAUCAACAAUAUCAAGAUGCAACAGCUGAAGAAGAAGGCGAAGGUAUCGAAGGCGAAGAAGAAGAACAUGCUUAA